AUGGAAGAAGGCACAGCACUCUCUGGCAUGUCGCUGCCGCCGACGACCCUCGAGCCCAUCUCGCGACCGAGUUCAACCUCGACUUCGGCCUCGGCGUCUCUUCACCAGUUGCCGGGCAUCUCGGCACUCGCUCAAGCAAACUCUGCGACGAGCUCGCCACAACUGCGGACCGCGACUAUUCCUGCAACUGCGCCUGCGCCUGCGACAGCUCCAGCUCCAGCUCCAGCUCCCACCCACGCGCCAGCGCCAGCGCCCACACCGACUCCCGCCGCGCCAGUUCCCGCUCAACAUACCUACGCUUCCCCCGCGGCUACCAUGGGCGGAGGACCCGCUAUUGGCACUACAGAGAUGAUGGCCACCGCUAACCACGAGCGCGUCAUUCCGCAGCCCACAUGUCAGAACUGCCAAACAUCCACAACACCAUUGUGGCGCAGAGAUGAAUACGGCUCCGUUCUCUGCAAUGCUUGCGGUUUAUUCCUCAAAUUACACGGAAGAAAUCGACCUUUGACCCUGAAAACCGAUGUCAUCAAGAGUAGGAAUCGCGUUAAGACGAUGCGCCCUGAUCUUGCCUCGAAGAAAAAGCAACAGCAGCAGCAACAACAAGCGAACUUCCACGGCGCAACCGAUCCGAACGGUCUUGACCUCAAUGCGCAACGCAGAAAGUCGGCAAACGGCAACGCCGAUGGCUCCGAUUCUCCCGGGUCGCGCAAUGCGACGCCGUCGUUAUACAACCCUAGCCUUCCCGUCUUUGGUGGUAUGGACGAUUCACAACUUUCGGCGUUCGGUGUGGGAUCAGAGAACCGCUCCGCUUCCCCCUUGAAUGGCGACCGUCACCUCGAAGUGCCUCAGACCCACGAGCAACUCAUCGCCGCGAACUCGGCUCUUAAGACCCGCGUCAGCGAACUCGAGCUGAUCAACGAGCUCUUCCGCGGAAGACUGAGUCAAAUGGAGCAAGAUGAGGCGAGCGCAAGACGAGGGCAGGAGAUCAGUGGCAAAGCCGAGGCCCAGUUGCGAUCUCAGUUGGAGACCAGCAACAAACAGCUGGAAGAAAGCCAUCGAAGGGAGAACAACCUCAAAAGACGUUUAGAUGAGAUGGAGCUUGAGCUCAAGGAGGUAAGAGAGGCAUUUGACUCAGACUCCGGUAGGGCAGCCAAGAAACUCCGCGUCGCUGAUGUGGUUGGUGGCGUCGGCGGCGGCGCCGAAUCCGAAGUCUCUACCCCUCAAUCCACUACAACCUGA